AUGAAUCCAAGAGAAAAUUCAACAUCCCACUACGCAGAACAAGUAGCUUCUAUGGACAGCCGUGGGUGGCAUUUCAAGUGUUACAGCACUGAAGCCCAAGUUCACUACGCGACUUUUGCUUCUGCUUUGCGUGUCGCCCUGGGAUUUCUUAGCCUGAUUCUAUACUCUCUGGUAUGUACAGUCGAACACCCAUCACCUGAAAUAGUAUUCAGAAGUGAAGACUCAGGGUUCAGCAGUAGCGAGAUGCUUUUCAGAUGUUAUUAUACGUCCCAUCAAAUAACCUCCAAACUCCGACUCAAGUUAACGCCACCGCACACAAAAAUACAACCAACCAUCCAUCAACCAUACUUCCCUUACUGCCUUCUUCGAAAAAUCUCCACCCAUGUAUGCACACCUUCCCUCACUUUUCCAUGCUAG